CAGCGGCAAGUUUCGGAAACCCGAAAGGGAGGGCUGGCAGCUGGGAGGAGCCGACACCGCUGUGCGGAUUGAACUCAGUCGGAGAGGCUCUGCGGGAAUUCCCCAACCCCGGGGCUCUGCGCUUGGAGGGGGAGGCGCGUGCGCGACUUUAUAAGGAGGGCAGCGCGCAACGGCAGGGACACACGCAGCCUCCUCUUCUUCUUCUCUUGUGGGACGAGUCAAGUGGAGCAGCACCGCCUACAGAUCCUCUCGCCUUCACCGCUCCACGACGAUGGACUGCUCCGAGACCAUUGGCGACCGCAAUGGCCCCUGCUACCUGCAUGGAGGAGAGAGCCCCAAGGAUGACCGGCGCUACAUCAUGUACCACGGCACCGACGUGCAGGGGGCACACGGCAUCCUCACGCAGGGGUUCAGGCGGUCCGCACGCGGCAUGCUGGGGCCCGGCGUCUACGUGAGCCGCGACAUCGAGAAGGCGAGGCGGUAUCCGAUUGGGAAGCCCGAGAACACCAAAGUGAUUCUGAAGCUCAGGGUGAACGUGGGGCGCGUGAAGAAAAUCGACGGCCAAGACCACCCCCUUCGUCUCACCUGGCACGACGAGGGCUACGACACCGCCUGGGUGCCGCGGGGCUGCGGGAUGGUGACCAGCGAGCUGGAGGAGGACUGCGUCUGGGAUCCGGAGAGGAUCACGGUCGUUGGCGUCGAGGAGGCGCCCAGCAGCAAAAUGAAGACGACGUUUCUCGCGAUGCUGAACCCAAACGAGGUCGUGCAGAUCGUCGUGAAGGACCUGGAGGGAAAUUCCCUGAGGCUGAUGGCGAAUCUGUCCGAGUCGGUGCUGGAGCUGAAAGCCAGGAUCCAGAGCAAGUGGAAGGUGUCGCCCGCUCAGCAGCGCCUCGCUUACGGGGGCACCGCGCUGCAGGACGGGACGAGCCUCGCCAAGUGCGGCUUGAAGCAGAAUUCCACCGUCAACCUGCUUCACGUGGAUAACGCCGUUGACGUCUUCGUGAAGACGCUCGCGAACAAAACGUUGACGAUAGAGGUGAAGCUCUCCAACUCGGUGCUCUCACUGAAGCAGAAGGUCCAUCAGAAGGCGGGCAUAGCGGUCAACCAGCAGAUCCUCACCUUCGGCAGCCACACCCUGGAGGACGAUCAGAAGCUGGAGUCGUACGGGAUUCAGCAACACUCCACCAUCACCAUGCAGGGCCGUCUGCGGGGAGGGUAGUCGCGUGCCCCACGCACGCGCCACCUGAAGAAUUAACGGACACAAUUCAUGAGCGGUCUUCAGUCGAGUUGGCCAUGGUCAGGGUGGACCUGCAACUACUGCCUUCUUCAAAAUCUCCGCUUGUGUGUGGUCAUCAGCGCCAGAUGUACGAUGUUGACAAAAAAAAUGUUCAUGCUAUCGUUACUGCACUUAUAAAUACAUUUAAUCUGCAAAAAAUAUUAGAUUCGAAGCUUUCGUGACUGUAGGAAUUA